UAUACUUUUUCAUAUUUUUUUGUAUCGCUAUCAUCAACAUCCUUAUCACUACCGCCAUCCUCUCCCCCGUCCUUCUCCUCCUCAUCAUCAUCACCAACACCCUCAUUACUCACAAUCUCUUGUCAUUACCGUCCCCACCUUCACCACCACCACGACCAUCAACAUCAUUGACAUCACUAUCACCACCACCACCACCAGCACCAUCAGAACACCAUGAGCACAACUUCCAACUGAAGUCUCCUCAGAAGAAUCUUCUGAAAGGCCUCCUUGACAGAUAUGGUGAACCAUCCAUCCGCCCGAUCAUCAACCAAUCCAACCCCGUGGUCAUUGAGUUGAGAAUUGAGUUUAAACGCAUGGUGUCCUUUGAACAGAGCGAACAGCAACUAAAGGUUAUUGUCAAUAUUGAGAUGGUUUGGCGAGAUGAAUAUUUGACGUGGGAUCCAGCCCAGCACAGCGGCGUCGAUAUUCUCUUCGUGCCAGCGGAAAAGAUUUGGAAAUAUGACCUUACGCUUUACUCGGCCGUCGGUAAACAGCUGGUUGAGAUGGAUCAUGAUGUCGUCAUCGUACGACCAGACGGUAUGGUCACGUGGUUCAGCUCUGCCAUGUUAUAUUCCUCCUGUUUGGUGCGUGUGCGAUACUUUCCAUUCGAUAGACAAUACUGUAGACUGAUCUUGGCCUCCUGGACUCACGACAAUACCUCGGUCACUCUCAAACAAACAAAUGAAACGGUCAGGAAGGAGUACUUCAUCAACAACGGUGUGUGGGACCUGACUAAUAUCGGGAAGGAGUACCAGGUACUAAAGUGGGAAUGCUGCCCAAACCCCUGGAUUGAGGCACACUAUCUGCUUCUUUUCCAACGCCAGUCUAGAUAUUACGUCAUCACCGUCAUCGUACCGAGCACCACACUUUCUUUGGUGUCUCUUCUCGUCUUCUUCAUGCCGCCUGACAAGUUUUAUCGCCAGUCUAGAUAUUACGUCAUCACCGUCAUCGUACCGAGCACCACACUUUCUUUGGUGUCUCUUCUCGUCUUCUUCAUGCCGCCUGACUCGGAAGAGAAGGUAACCCUAGCCUCUAGCAACCUUCUGGCCAUGCUGCUGUUCCAAGAGCUUGUGUCCACCUCCAUGCCUCCGAUUGGGAAUCAAUUUCCCCUCAUAGGAAGCUUUUUCGUCGCGUCCAUCGUCAUCAACACCUUUUCCAUCUUCACAUCAAUUUUGAUCAUGUACCUGCAUAACAAAGACAACCGACCAGUUCCCACGUGGCUGAAGAAACUUGCCGUAUUGAAGACUGGUUCUCAGCAGUCACAACCGGUCCAAUCUAGUCCAACCUGGGUAAAACGGCGCCUGUCCGGUUUCAUCUGCGCCAGCACCGUUUCUAAAGCUGUCCAAGUGCGCCACGCACAAGACAGCGGGCAGAACGCAAUCGACACCAAUCAGAUUAGCUCGAAGUAUCUGACACUAUCUACGGUACCAGAAACCAAGAUAAAGAAGCAAGAAGAUAAGGCCAGUGGUAAUCCUAAUGCUGAUGGAGCAAAUCCCUCCCUGGAAACAAGGGAGGAGAUCAUUGCUCAGUGGCAGGAAUUAUCCAUGAAAGUGAACCGCAUCAUGGCGUUUCUCUUGACUAGUUCGGUCAUGUUGACAGCUUUGGUGAUCUUGUUCUUGUACAUCGCCCAAGAAGAGGGAGACUUCCCGGCAAGAACCUAAUGGCCGCUAGGGAAAAUUCGAAAUGUUAACAUGAUUACGAAUGAGAAAUUGCAAUCGGAUGAAAUGUAGAAAAAUGUUAAAAUGUGAACUAUUUCAAACCGAUGUCCUAAACCAGGGCCAUGUCAAUCCGGACUGCCGAGGAGGCUCUGUGUUUUUGUUAGCCCUAAAAGGGCCUGGGGCAGAACCACCCCGCCCCCCAUCUUUUUGUAUCAAAUUUAUAUAUAAUUUCGACCAAAGGGUACCAUGGGUAGUACUGCGUAUAUAGUGUCAAAAAUUGCCGUUAUGUAUAUUGCUAUAUUUUAGUAAUAAUAAUUCGAAUUUACGGUUAUGUCUGUUUACUUUGACGAUGUAAUGAAACCUUCUUGUAUAUAUUUGAUAUGCUCUAAUACUCGGGACAGUAGUUAGGUGCCGUUUGUAGUAAAUGUAUAGAAGCUUCUAUAUCUUAUAUGGGUUAAAUAAUUGACCAGCGAAAUACAAAACAUAAACAUUUAAUAGGUCAAUGGUAUAAUGCAGUCAGGCCUACAUCAAUUUAUAUAUUAGGAUGUAGUAAUUCAAUUUUCACCUUGUACUAUUGUGUGCUAUUUAUUCUUUGUUUACCUACAUUCCUAUCUUUUCAUAGAAAUUCUAUUUCUAAAAAUGAGUGUCGUAAAUUCAUUUGAAACAAUAUACGAUAUUGAUUCCAUAAUUUUCCUGCCCGUUAUUUAUAAUGUUUUUUUUUUAUAAAUGUAAAAAUUUGCGAGCAUGAGAAACAAAUAAUAAAUAUAAAAAAUAUCUUUGAUAAACGAGAAUAAUUAACACCGAGUAAUCUUUAUCCUUCAUAUUUGAUUUUGAUUUGAUUUGAUUUGAUAUUCUUCUGCAUACAUGUAAGCCUACAUUUUUUCG